AUGACAAGUUCCCGUAAACGCCGCACAGGCUGUGAGCAGUGCAAGAGACGAAAGGUCGGAUGCGAUGAGAAGCAACCCGCUUGCUCGCGAUGCGCUGCUCGCGGGGAAACUUGCACCGGGAAUUUCAUCUCGGAUCAAUGGCAGAUAGAACGGCCGUGGCUUUGGAACGACAGCAGGCUGGAGGGAGGUGCUGUUCUUGAGAACAGUACGCUUCGGCACUGGUAUGACAGCGCUUGUCUCAACAUGGCUAUCUUUCGCCCGCCCACCAACCCGCUUUCCCAUGAUAUCACAGCCUGGCUGCGUCACUCUAAGGCUCUACGUCACACCCUGGAGAGCAUAGCGGAGGCCCAUCACCAGGGAUUUUCCCCGGAUAGCCUCAACCAAUCCCUCCGGAUUCGGGGACUCGCCAUCUCAUCCUUAUCGGCCGAGGUGGCUCGGAUACAGAGGCCAUCUCCGAAACAGCAGGUGCUCCAGCGCACAAUCAUUCUUUCAUCACUUAUGUUGUGCAUCUCCUCAAGCUGGGUAGAUCCGUUGGGUAAGGACUUUGGCAUGGAGUUCUUGGCCGGAGUUCAUAGCGUCACCAACCUAUUAGCGGCUUCGGAGCCUACUGAUGGAUUCUCGUUCUACAUACUUGGGCUAUAUCUGUACUGCAUGGCCUUUUCCUCUUAUCUGACACCUGCAGUACGGCAGAUACUCCCUAGUCCAUCUGUUAUCAGUGCGUUCCAGCGACCGCCCUUUAGCGAGAGCGUGCAUCCGGUGAUGGGUAUUGCCACCACUCUUUGCCCCUUGAUUACCGAGAUUGGGCACUACUACCGCCGCGUCCUGGAUACACGCAUCUCGUGCGACUCGACCCAACAAAAUCUACAAAGACGACUGCAGGUCUGGCACCUUCCUCCAGGGUCACCUCAGCAGCCACAGCUUCUUGAGCUCGCCGAGGGGUAUCGUGCACUCAGCACAAUCAUGCUCUUUCAAGCAAAGGCAGCUGUUACCGAGUUGCAUGAAGAUGAAAUAUUGACCGUUCUUGACAAAGUGCUUGGCAUCAUGAACACUCUGAAGCACAUCCCUGAUGAGGAUCCUCUGCUUAACUGGGUUGGGCCGCUUCUGGUCGUUGCUGGCUCUGAGCUUCCCGAUGUAUUUCUAGAGGAGAGAAAUCUCGUGCAAAUUACGGGGAUCCGGUUAGCUACGUGGACUCGAGUUCCAACUUAUUCCCGGGCCCUGGAGGUCGUACGAGAGGUUUGGCGGUGGCGCGAUAUGGGGGUGAGGAUCACUUGGCUUGAGUCAUGCUGA